CCAGGAAUGGUUACCACGACUCAGAAAGUAGACCUGGGUCCCCAGCUCCCAGAGAAGAAGAAAAAGAAGAAGAAGAAGGUGGCUGCAGAGGUCACAGAUCCAGAGACUCAAUACUCAGUCUUAAACAGUAAUGAUUAUUUUGUCGAUGGCUCUCCUCCAAGGGCCACAUCCCCCUCUAACAAUGUGGGUGAAGGGCAGGUCUCUGAGAUGCCACUGGGCAAGAGAAAGAAGAAAAAAAAGUCCCCUAGUGCUCACUUGGGGGAGCUCCUGGAGUCUGAGGCCACAGGAGCAGGAUGGAAAAAGUCCCCCGGCCCUAAAAGGCAGGUCCGUGAGCAGUCAACAGAAUGCCUCAGUGGAGAGAAGAAAAAGAAGAAGAGGAAGUCCUUACCACAGGCUACCUCCCGGUGCUCAGGGUUGAAGACCUCCCUAGACGCCAAGCAUGCUGAAAAGGUAAGCAAAGCUGGUAAGAAGUCCAAAAAACACAGGAAAGAAAAAAAGGUUCUGAACACUGAAGCCUUUCCUCCCCAGGACCCUUGGCUCUGUGAGACUGGGGAUGCUCUGCACCCAUGCUCAGAGUGGGCAGAGGCCGGGGAGCAGGCAGCCUUGGGGCACAAAAGGAAACAGGGGAGAUCCAGAGAGCACAGCAUGAAGAAGAAGAAGAAGAGCCACCAAGAGGGAGAUAUCCUCCCAGUCCACUCCAAGCUCUCCAUGGAGAACGGCCUGAAGAAAGGAAGUAAGAAGUCAGUCAGAAGUGAAGCUUUGGACUAUAUCCCUAUAGACAGCCCAAAGGCCUCUGGGAAGAAAGGCAAACCCAAGAAAAAGGUGGACCAGCCGGAUGGUGAAGGGCUGGCUGUGAGAAGGAGGAAAAAGAAGAGGAAAGAGAGUGAAGUAAAGGAAGACUCUGGGCAGGAGGAAGAAGAGGAGUCGGACACAGACCUGGAGGUGGUACGAAAAAAAGGCAACAUUGAUGAGGCCUGCAUAGAUCAGGUGAGGCGGGAGGCCUUGCAAGAAGAGAUUGAUCAUGAGUCGGGCAAGACAGAGGCUUCAGAACCCAAGAAGUGUACGGGAACCCAGUUUGGCCAGUGGGACACUGCUGGCUUUGAAAACGAAGAACAGAAGCUGAAAUUCCUGAAGCUUAUGGGUGGCUUUAAGCAUCUUUCCCCAUCAUUCAGCCGUCCUCCCAGCAUGUCUAGCAGGUCCAACAUGGACCUGGACAAGAAGUCUUCAGACAUGCUCCAGCAGAAUCUCCAGCAGGACUAUGACCGGGCCAUGAGCUGGAAGUACAAUCAUGGGACUGGCCUGGGCUUCUCCUAUGAGGCCCGCAAGGUCUUCUACAUUGACCAUAACGCCUCCAAGUCUAUCAAGUUGCAAGAUUAAACUUUUUUGUUCUGUUCCUGUUCUUGAUCAGUUUUGCAUCUGCCAAGUUGGUCUGAAUUAAUCACCUGCAGAUAAUUGAGGACCACUUACGAUGAGUUUUGGAUAAGCAGGUGGAAGCUGCUUGUGUGUCAGGAGCCAGUACCAGUGGCUAAAAUCUCCUAUUUUCUAUAUUAAACCUUCCAUCUCUUUG